ACCAACCAGCGCGCCGUGCCGCGCUAAGCCCCGCCCCGUGAAGAUGGAGCGCCGACGGAGGGUGGCGGCGCUCCUGGAGAUUUUAUCGCAGUAAUUGGCGGACGUUUACACCGAUUAGGUGGCAGUCAGGUGCCCAGCGCUGCCGGAAAGCUCGUUCAGUGUCCCGGGUGACGCGGUCGCUGGCUGAGACAGCUCGAACUCCACACAAACACCGCCUUUCCGCCCGAGAGACUCGGUCACGGAGCGGCUCGCCGCGGCAAAACAUGAGUAGCGAUCGAGAGGAGCCCGCGGCGGCGGCGGCGGCAGCAGCGGCAGAGGCGGCGGCGGAGGCGGCGGCAGCAGAGGAGGCGCCGUCCGAGCGAGCCAGCCCUCCUCCAGCGGCCUCCCCGAUCGACCUCAGCCGGGUGCCGCCGGAGCCUCCCAGCGGCCUGGAGGAGACGCAGCGUCUGCUGGCGGCCCGUCUGGAGGAGCACAGGCAGCGGCUGGCGGCGCCCGCCGGCGACACAGCCUUCCUGACCGCCUUCCCCGCGCACAACAACAACAGCAAGACGUCGUUCUACAUCCGCGACAUCCUGGACGGCAGCAAGUUCACCGGCCGGAGGGAUUACCUGGACACCAGCAGUCCAGAGCUGAGCGACACGCAGUCCACAGACACCCUGUGCGACGCGUCGCUGGCGGACGGCGACGGAGACGCCGAGGCCGACGACACCAACGGUGAGGAGCGGCCGUCCAAGAAGAAGUGCUCCUCCGACUCCAAGGGCGGCAAGCCGCGACGGGCGCGCACUGCCUUCACCUACGAGCAGCUGGUCUCGCUGGAGAACAAGUUCAAACAGACCCGCUACCUGUCCGUCUGCGAGCGGCUCAACCUGGCGCUGUCACUGAACCUCACCGAGACCCAGGUGAAGAUCUGGUUCCAGAACCGGCGCACCAAGUGGAAGAAGCAGAACCCGGGUGUGGACGUCAACAGUCCGACGGCCGGCGCGACGCCCUCUUUCUCGCCCUUCUCGGCGCCCUCACUGCUCUACCCGAGUGGCGCCCCGCUCCACUCGUUCCCCGGCCUGGGUCUGCCCUGUGUGCUUCCCCACGGCCUCGCGGUGCACCCCUUCUAUUCGCACAUCAACCGCUGACUGGACGGGCCGCGCGGCGGUGAGUCAGGGCGGCGCGACGGUGAGUCGCAGAGGCACUCACUCGAGUCAGACUCUCCCUGACUCGAGCGGCUCGAGUAUCAGGCUCGGUUCCUACAAGACGGUCAGAUUCGAGAGCUGAGGACGUACCGCAGGAGCGGAGUGGACUAGUGCGAGAGUUGAGGCUGGACUCUGUCUCUGAUGUUGUUUCGUGUUGAUUGGCGGAGGUUCAUGCUCUCGGGGUUGUCGGCGGCUGCACGUAUGCGAAAAUGUCACUUGCGGCCGAUUAUCCAGCCCAGCACAUAGUCGAGUCCCGCUAAAUCUAUUUCAGAACAAAACAUCUAAUCUAAGAAAGGAUGACACAAAUAUCGCCUAAGAGGUUAAACUCGUGACCGACCUGACCUCAGAUUGUUGGUUCGGUGCUGCCGAUUUAAGCGCUCCAGCGCUUGUUCCUGUUUGGAAAGUGGGUGUCGUGCCAUCCAGUCAUAAUUGUGCCAUGCGGACAUACAUCUAACUUCCGUGCGUACGCCUCCGUACCCGUAGUAACUACGGGGUUUUAUGGUACUCCUCCUAAAAACCUCGGCUGCGGCUUCUCUUUGCCUAAGAUCGUGACUCCCUCUGUGGACUCUCUCUCGCUGUGACUCUUCUGGAGUCGUGCAAUAGUCGGGAGAACAAUAGUCUUGGAGUCCGGAGAACAACCGAGAUCUUGGCCGGGCUGAGCAUGGCUGAGGUCCGGUCACGGAACAAUGUCAAGGUCCCUGAGUGUCUCCCCCUGGGAAGCAGUCGAGUCAGGGCGGUCGUUUCACCGCUAUACGUGUCCUAUUUGAGGCACCGAGUGAUAUGAGAGCUUGGAGGUGCGGUAGUCUAGUCGUCCCUUUUGUCAAUAUUUAAGAUGUCACUGGAUUGAGUGAGAGUGUUGAAUUUUAUAUCUGUUGUUAUAUUGUUAGAAUGCUGGAUUCGUGUAUAAAUCAAUGAAUGAAAGACGGUGUUU